GGUCAUACUGUGCGGUUGCUGGUUUGUUUAUAGUUAUUUAGCGGCCAAUUUUGCGUUAAUUUAAGUUAUAUAGCAAUAAUGGAGGUGGAAUUUAGCAAGGAGAACUUUCUUCUGCCGGAGGUGAAGUACGAGUACCUGGAUCACACGGCGGAUGUGCAACUUCACAGCUGGGGAACGAGUCUGAAGGAGGCGUUCGAACAGUGUGGAGUGGCCAUGUUUGGAUAUAUGACCGAGCUGGAUUACGUGUCCGUGGAGCAGUGCUUCGAAAUAGAAGCGCAGGGCGAUGAUCUGGAGGGACUACUCUUCCACUUUCUCGACGAGCUGCUCUUCCUGUUCUCCGCCGAACCAUAUCUGGUAUGCAAAAAGCUGGAGAUAACCAAGUUCGAUUUGGAAUCCUUCGAGAUCUCCUGCCGUUGUUACGGGGAACCCUUCGAGCUGGGAAAACAUCCGCAGGGCACCGAGGUGAAGGCAAUCACGUACUCGGCCAUGCAAAUCGUUCAGGACGCGGAGGCCAGCAACUACGAGGUGUUUGUGAUAAUUGACAUUUGAUCCAGCAGCGGUCGCCGGGAAUUAAAUGUGACUGUUCUGUUUCAA